AUGGGUUUCGAAAGAGGACAAGAGCUGGGCAGCGAGAGGGUUGUCCAGAGCCACGAGCUCGCCCGUAUUCUGCCCGGGAUGUCCGCCAGACGCACGGUUCGCCUGGUUUGGGGCUUUCCUCAUCGCUCCAACAGGCGCCCGUCACCAAGUUCUCCGAUCAAUUCACCUCCUCCAACUCCACCGCGCCUUCCUCCUCGAAGGGCAUCAACAACUCCUUCGACACCUUCAAGCUUAUCGAACUCGGUCCAUCUUCCUCCAGAACUCAGCCCGCCGUGGCCGUGGAAUCCAUCGGAAACACAGCUUAUCCGCGCGGGCUAUCAACCCGCCUACAAACCUCCAACACCUCCAACCCCAGCACCAUCUCCACCCGAACCAGAAGCUUCCUCCUCCAAGAAACGCGCACCUAAACCCGAAAAGCCCGUCAUGGCGGAACCUCGUGCCCGUGCCGCCCGGCACAAGGGUCAGAUGAAUUUCUCAUCAGAGCUGCGCUUGCUCCUUCUUGCCUACGGCGACCCAAGCCCCCCCCCUUCAUUCCCCUCCGAACCCCUCCCCGAAACAGUCCGCGUCCUGGAUGAAAUAGUCACAGACUUCAUCCUGGAACUCUGCCACGGCGCCGCACAAGUCGCGCACCACGCGCGCCGACAAAAGAUCAAGGUCGAUGACUUUCGGUUCGCGCUGCGCCGGGACCCGAAUAAGCUUGGUCGUGUGCAGGAGCUGCUUCGUAUGGAGCGCGAGUUGAAAGAGGCGCGGAAGGCGUUUGAUCAGAAUGAUGAUCAGGUUGCUAAGGAUGCGGGGAAGAAGGGUGCUGCGCCGCCGGAGGAUCUUGAUACGGAGAGUGUAGCUGGUACGACUACCACGGCGAAGAAGGGGAAGGGUAAGGGGAAGAGAGCUGCUGCGCCGAGGAGGGAGUCUGAUGCCACUGAGGAGUCGGUUCCGAAGAAGAGGAAGACUAUUGGAUGA